GGGAGGCUUGGGGGGGCUUUAGUUAGUGGAGCAGUCAAUCAGAUCCCUCCUGAGUGUGUAGACCAGGUAACAGAGGUACGAGGGUUCAGUGAUCCUCAGAAAGAGGAGUACUUCAGUAAGAGGAUCACUAAUCAGAGCCUGGCCAAUAAAAUCAUCUCACACCUGAAGUCUUCAAGAAGCCUCCACAUCAUGUGCCACAUCCCAGUCUUCUGCUGGAUCUCAGCCACUAUUCUAGAGAGAAUGUUGGGUGAAGCAGAGAGUGGAGAGAUCCCCAAGACUCUGACUCAAAUGUUCACACACUUCCUGAUCUUUCACAUCAAACACAAGGACCAAAAGUACCAUCAGAAAUGUGACCCUGAUCGUCAGCAGACCAGAAAGACUAUCCUGGCACUGGGAAAACUGGCUUUCCAACAGCUAGAGAAAGGAAACCUGAUCUUCUAUGAGGAAGACCUGAGAGAGUGUGGAAUUGAUGUCAGAGAAGCUUCAGUGUACUUAGGAGUGUGUACUCAGAUCUUCAGAGAGGAGUUUGGGCUUCACCUGGGGAAGGUGUUCAGCUUUGUACAUCUGAGUGUUCAGGAGUUUCUCGCUGCAUUAUACGCUUUUCUGUCCUCGUUAAAAAUCAGAAAUAUUUUUCAGGAGCAAACUGCUGGAUGUUUUUUCUUAAAGAAGUCAAAAAUGUCAGAUUUCCUGAAGAGUGCAGUAGACAAGGCCUUACAGAGUGAGAAUGGACACCUUGAUCUUUUCCUCCGUUUCCUUCUGGGUCUCUCACUAGAGUCUAAUCAGUCUCUCUUCCGAGGUUUCAUGCCACAGACAGGAAGCAGCUCUCACAGCAAAGAGAAAACAGUCGAGUACAUCAAGGAGAAGAUCCGAGAGAACCUCUCUCCAGAGAAAUCCAUCAGUCUGUUCCACUGUCUGAAUGAACUGAAUGAUCAUUCUCUAGUGCAGGAAGUCCAAAUUUACCUGAAGGAAGGGGCAUAUAGUCAUCUCCAUGGAGUCAGUCUUUCUCCUGCUCAGUGGUCAGCUCUGGCGUUUGUGUUACUGACCUCAGAAGAGAAGCUGGAUGAGUUUGAUUUGAGUAAAUAUGACAAAUCAGAGGAAUGUCUUCAUAGGCUGCUGCCAGUGGUCAAAGCCUCCAGAAAAGCUGUGCUGCAUGAGUGUAACCUGACAGAGGAAAGCUGUAGAGUUCUGUCCUCAGUUCUCAGCUCAAACUCCUCCAGUCUGAGAGAACUGGACCUGAGUGGAAAUAAACUGCAGGAUUCAGGAGUGAAGCCGCUCUCUGCUGGACUGAAGAAUCCACGCUGUACACUGGAGAUACUGAGGCUGUGUUGGUGUAAUCUGACAGAGGAAAGCUGUAGAGUUCUGUCCUCAGUUCUCAGAUCAAACUGCUCCAGUCUGAGAGAACUGAACCUGAGUAAUAAUAACCUGCAGGAUUCAGGAGUGAAGCUGCUCUCUGCUGGACUGGAGAAUCCACACUGUACACUGGAGAUACUGAGGCUGUAACGCUGCAGUAUUACAGGUGAAGGCUGUGCUGCUCUGGUUUCAGCUCUGAGGUCAAACUCCUCAUCACACCUGAGAGAACUGAAUCUGAAACACAAUAAUCCAGGAGAAUCAGGAGUGAAGCUGCUCUCUGAUCUACUGAAGGAUCCACACUGUAAACUGGAGACACUACAAUGAGUUACUGAGAUUCUGUAAUUUCAUACUGUAACUUACAGAUCUCAGAGAAUCCUGAAACACAACCCCAGAUUCAGUACUUUUAAUGAUAGCAGUGGUGAAACACAGAAAGGCACAAAUAUACAAGCAAAGGACAAAUACAAAGAGAAGUCAAGGGAAUAGGUCAAAACACAGGAAUAGUCAAGUGGCUUUUAUUGCCAUUUCAACCAUAUUUAUCUGGUACAGUACACAACAAACAAUGUUCCUCCAGGACCAUGGUGAUACAUAAAACAACACAGAACUAUGUGAGACUGCACAGAACUGAAUCGUUCGUGUGAGGGGUGGUGGCUUUGCGGUUGUAGCGUGUGGUGUAAAAUGCCCUUUGUGUGUGUGGCACACAGCAGAAGUAAAAUGUCAACUGUACAACCUCACACAGUUCACACUUCUGUUAUAAAUACCACUGAUUGAUAUGGGAGUGUGUUGGUGUUCACACCACUAACUUAUUGCAUAUGGUGUCAUUCUAUUUUUGCCAUGUGCUUGUUUUAUUUAAUUACACUGAAUAUUUCAAUAAGUUUUCUACUGUUGGUGUGAUAAGUGUAACAUUAUUUUAUGAUCAUUUUGCUCUAUUCACAGUAAAUAAAUCUACAAGGUAA